CGCUUGGUGGGAGCGGUCUGCAGCUUUGUCCGUGCAGAGGGGUUUAGGCGGGUUAGUCGCAAAAUCUAUCCGCACAUUUAAGUCCGUGUCAUAUUGAUAUCCAUGAUGGUCAAAUCGUUUCAGCGCGGUCUCUGCAAAUGUCUCCAAUGCCUUCCGAUCUGGAUAUGUUCAUCGCAACGGGCCAAUCCAGGAUGAACCUUGAGUAGCCUCCCGUAGCUAAGUGGCGCUGGAGCUCUUCCCUUUGUGUCGGCUCAUCGCAUGGGCGCUUGCCACAUGUAAUUUUGAACCAUUUGUGCUGGCGUGUGUGCAAAUUGUGCUUCCGAGCUUGCACUUCUAUGCAGCCCAAGUGGCCCUAACUGUCCUAACUGAUGACACUGCGCUAUAAACUACGAUGUGAUGUCUUGCUGGAAGGGCCACACCCACCCGACUUAGUGCCUUCCUUGGUCUUGAUUGAGAUUGAGAAAUCAGUUGCAAAAUUGAAGGCUUCCUGGCUCUUCAAAAGGCCUUAUAAGUGCUUGCUGAAGACAUUUCUUCCGUGACAAGACACCUCAAUUAUCAAAAAGAUGCCGCGUCAAUGGUUGCCUAAGGCAGGGGCCGCUUUGUGGGAGCGGUUUGCAGCUCUGCCCAUGCAGAGGGGUAUAGGCGGGUUAGUCACAAAAGCUCCGCACAUUUAACUCCGUGUCAUAUUGAUUUCCAUGAUGGUCAAAUCGUUUCAGCGCCGGCCUCUCCAAAUGUCUCCAAUGCCUCCCGAUCUGGAUGUGUUCAUCACAACGGGCCAAUCCAGGGUGAACCUUGAUUAGCCUCCCGUAGCUAAGUGGCGCUGGAGCUCUUCCCUUUGUGUCGGCUCAUCGCAUGGGCGCUUGCCACAUGUAAUUUUGAGCCAUUUGUGCUGGCGUUUGUGCAAAUUGCGCUUCCGAUGCGCUUUUGGGGCUAUACGAUGUGGCGUCCCCGGGAAAUUGGGCCACGAAGUGCAUGUCUCACGAGCUUUAAUCUUUUCUGACCUCAGUCACAUGGCCUCGACGUUAGACUCAAAUCGCUGUACUAUUUUUGGUCCAGCUGGGGUGGACAGAUGCCUUGACCCAUUGCGCCACGUGCUUCUCCAAUCAAGGCCAUGUUUGGGCACGGACCAAAGACUGCAUUCCGAAAACGGGGCCAGGUCUUUCAGUCACUUGUCGUCCGAACUGACACGGGUCCCGAAAUCGAAAUGUCGCGGAGGACUCCAUGCUCUCGAGCUGCGCGCUGAACGCUUUUGCCCUUGGAGUUCCGAUUGGUUUGUAGCCGUGCGAUUCCACUCCUUGAUCAGCUCGGACGGUGUGUACUCACCACCGUUCUUCACCAAGUUCAACUUGCCAAGCCCAAGCACAGCGUUGCUUUGCUUGGUGAUGUUUUUCGCUGCGCACUCUUUUGCAUUUUUCUAAGCCAAGGGUCCCAUGAAUGGCCCCUUUUGCUUUGAAACUUCAUUAAAAGCAAAACACUUUUCCAUCUUCAAAAAUUCCAAGACACAAAGGGCCACUGAUGCAGUAUCAGUCGGGCAAUCACCUCGACGAACAUGAGCUGCACAAAGACUUUUCUGGAGCGCUGGGCACAAGCGUGCACGGUCCCAUUUGUACCGUGUCUCAUCUCCGAUGUGGGUAAGUACCUGACAAGGCAGAUGUUGAAGAAAGUCUUCAAUUCAGACAUACUCAGACCGUGCCAGAAGUUAGACUACGCUGAGCUAAUGAAGACUUCUACCCACCAUGAAAUCUGGCUUUCGCAUUGGUUCCCACCUCUAUCAGUCUUCAAAAGGUACUUAGCUAUAUGCCUGUAGUUUUAUGCCUCUUUUGAAGUUUGCCUCGUUUGGGAAAAAGUGCUCGUUUUGAGAAUGCAAAAAGAAACUUUGCCUCGAUUAGCAUCGUUUAGCUAGCACACCACAUCAACUCUCGCCCUCACCCAGUCCACAUCCGCCUGCCUCAGCGCACACACACUUUUUCUCGGAAAGGGAGCUCACUUCUUUGCUCAGUCACGAUCUUCCUGCGGCGAGCAAAAGCACGGGCUCUCAGCGGGGUAUCCGCCAUGCUUUUGCCUUUGCCUCGGCUGGUGCAUGCGACACUGAGGAAGCAUUGCUGGAUUUCAUUGACCUUGGGUUCAGGGGCACGAGUGAUUUGCUGCCGCCUCGGUUCAGGCGCCACCUCUGGUGGCCAUAUGGACCUUGGUGGCACGCGCAGCCUACAGCACAGCCUACAGGAGAAAGCAGAGGGAAAAAAGAGUGCGGCCCAGAACCCAAAGCCCAAUGGCUUGAACGAAAAUGGCCACCAAUUUGUUGCACCGCAGGACGCGCAGCGGCAGUGCCACAUGCGCCUGCCUCGAAGAUUCAGGCAGCAUACGCGAGGAAGACUAGCGGUUGUCUGUUCCACCCUCAUGACUGGGAGAUUGCAGAACCACUUGCUAAUGUUUUUUUACAUUAGGAUUUCGCCAAAACUUUGGCAGCGGUUGGUGUGCUGUUCAAGCUCCAACAGCUGUCAUUUCUUGACAGCGCAAGCGGUCAUUCACAGGCAGCCAAAGUAGUCUCCUUGUUCAACCAAUAUGACAUGGCUCUUUUUGGCGUCUUAACCCCAUGCAGCACUAGCUCUCGACUCAUCGUCUUCGCGAGUUUCGUUGCAGGGUUUCUCAGAAUCAACCAAACGAGCCGGGCUGUUGGCACGGCGGUCCGAGCCGUUUCACCCCCGUUGCAACCCACAACCGGUCCGGUUGACUUGGGCCAGCGAUAAGGAAGACAACAGACCGGGAUGGCGGGAUGGCCGUCUGCUGACCCAGGCCCCCUGGCCAUGAGCAAUUGCAUCAAUAUUUAGGUGUUCUUUUUUGGCUGUGAAGCCACCCUAAGAAUCAACAACCCUCAAAGGUGAAGGUUUGGUUCGGGUCCAAACCCUGCGUUCUGCAGGGUCCAAACCCUCCAUAGGAGGGUCCAAUGAUUCUUAGGGAAGAAACAUUUGCGCCAACCAGGGGUGAGUACCGUCGUACCCUGAAAAAGACCCCAGUCAGUCGUCCGGAUCUAAUCCGGGUGAGCCCUUAGGCAUGGCCCAAGGCCUUGCCAGUGCAAUUGACCAAAGAAAAGAACACCCCUCGAAUGUGGCUUUCGCGUGGGUGACGCGCCUCAUGGCCUUGCCGAGUAUUUAGGACUUCUUAGUCGAUGCUGAGUUUAUCGGGGUACCGUCGAAAGCGACGUGGGAACCGUGCCAUUCCGCUCGAAGAAGACACCGCCAGAGCUGGUCGAUCGCUGAUCGCGCGCUCUCGUGCGCAAAAGGCCAAUCGAGCAGUGGCCAAAACUUCCCAAGUAACAAUUUGAAGUGAGAGUUAUUUUUUAUGCCUUCGCGAAAGCAAAACAUGCAGUCGCGAAAGAUCCGCGAAAGGUUGUGCGAAUUCUUCAUUGGCGAAAGCUUGCGAAAGCUCCGGAAAGUUGGCAAACACUUGCGAAAUCAGUUCCGUCCGUGAAAGCUUGCGAAAGUGUUUUUGCACAGAAUGCAGCGCGCAAAAGCCAAAACGCAAGCCGCGAAAGUGUUGCGAAAGGAACUUGUGAAAGAAGAUCUCAUUAGAACAAAUUCUCGAUAGGUUUUGAGCAAUGCUCAAUUUAGCUCUCCGACUCACCAGGGUGGAAGGGUAAACAUGGACCUCUGGAUGACUAUUCUCCUUUCCCAACAGGGUGGUGUCCACUUCCAUGUAAUGUCUUCUUCGGAGUGUAUAGAUAUCCACGGAAGUACUGAAAAAAGCGGUGAAGAAAGGAACGUUCGAUUCGCCUUGGCUGCAGACUUCACUCCUCAAACUUCUCAACUCAGUCAGGCCAGUAACACAGUCGCGCAGUGGCUCACAGUGGCUCACAGACUUAUAGCCAGAGAUCCAACACUAGUCCGGUGUAAACCCACCACCAAACACUUUUGUUGUAGGCUGCUCGGUGAAAAACACUUGUCGGGGCAUGUUUCCGACCCUGGAGCAUGCACUUGUUUGUAUUAAGUUUGUACCCCAAGUUACUCCAAUUGAUCAACUGCUACUGCGGCAUCUUACGCUAUGAUGCGACUGAUACGAGUCAACUUGUCCAAGCAGUGCACGAGUGCACGGCCUUCGUUUGACCCGACCUGUCAAUUGGUGAAGAGCAUGUUGUGGCGUAAAAAACUGUACAAGUGAGUGGAUAAUGGCUACAUCGAGUAACCAUUUGUUUUCAUCUACAAAAGACGUUUCUUUCGACUCUGCCUAGACCAUGAACCAAGAGUCCGCCUUAUUUUUGAUGAGAGGCAUUGUUCGCUGAACCAUGUGGUGAAAGUCUGUUGAAGAGACCACCAAGCACGACCAAACCAUUCAAACCAUGUCGAAUUUCCAAAGCAGUGUGAUCACCGUGGCUCAGAGAUAUUGGACAUGAUUUGCGCUGAGAGAGGAAUUACGUGCUGCAGCAAGCGUCCGCAGUAUGUGGCCAUGGCCACUACAUCGCCUUCUUGCGAAAGAAUGGGCGAUGAGGCUUGGGAGGAUGCGCCAGUUUUUACCGCGCUUGCGUGCAGUGUUCCUGUGGUUUCUGGGGAUGUUUACGAUUGUAACGCCAGAGGAAUGAGAAUAGGUUCCCAUAGUCCUUCUGUAAGACUUCCCGACUCGUGAAAAGCAGCCCUUUGGAUACAUGGCAGCUUGCUAAUCUCCCCCUUGGAUGGUAGAUAUCAUCCUAAAAUAUCAUGAAACAUAUAUGUGUCUUUUUAAUGCUUUGUAACUCGUGCAGAGAAGUUCCCGGGUAUUCGGUGGCGGUUCCUCCUCUUCGUCUCGUUCGCCCAAACUGGCCCCCACCGCGGCCGUACUCAGCCGUGUGUGCGGCCCCGUGUCCUUGGGACCAGAGGUUGAAGAGCCCAGGUCCGACUAUCCCAUACGUCCUCCAGGUUUUCCGGCUCCGGACCGUUCAGGUCACGGGUCACCCCGUGCUGGAGCGACCCCAAACCGCCUAAACCGGCGGAGCGACUCAAAACCGAACGCUUUCGGACUCGUGGCCGGCUCGGACCGGCUCGUGAAGUGAACGACACGACCCUGGUGAAAGACAUGCCUGGAGUCGAAUGACUUCGUGAGUACCGAAUUCGAGUCUAUGGGGCGUCAGGUUCCAUGAACUCUAGAGUCCCGACAGCCGUAAUCGCUCCCGGUCAACCACUCAACGCCUGCGUGGUGUAAAACCACGGGGGGGAACAGGAAUUCCUCCGUUCGACAUGGCCUUUCAGCGGAGACCGCGGAGGAAGUAGAGCUGAGACAUGGUUUGACAGAUGCAGAGAAACUGUCCAACCGUUGACAUCAUAUUGUAUUGCCAGCCCCAGGUGCUUUGUCACUGGAAACUGUACGUAUAGCGUGCAGCGGAGAAAACAGGGCUGUUCCGAGUUUGUGGGACGGGUUUCUCUGAACGUUGGAG